AUGAGUCCAACUGUUAAAAUGAGUGUUAAAAGUGAGGGAGUAAGUCUCAUUCCAGAAGGUUGGGAUAAUACUGAAGGUCAUGACAUCGAUGGGAAGCAAAAAUCCAAUACGGAGCUGUGUGUUGAUGUAUGCUGUGUUUGCUGUAAGAAAAUCACAAUUUUUGCGAUUGGUUCUUGUGAUCAUCCAAUAUGUUUCGAGUGCUCAACCCGCCUGCGCGUUGUAUGCAAGGAAAGGACAUGUCCUGUGUGUAGAUGUGAUUUACUCAAAGUAAUUUUUACUAAAUCCAAGCUACCCUUUCAACAACUCGAAGCCGACCGUGGUCCAAGUACAAGUUAUGACAGCGAAUAUUGCAUAAAGUUUGUUGAUCCUGCUGUUAGAAAAGAAUAUUUUCGUCUAUUGGAACAUCGCUGUCCAAUAUGUAAAUGUGGUGCAUUCAGUUAUUUUUUAUGCUUAGAGGUUCAUAUGAAUAGAAUACAUAAUCUUCACUUUUGUGAAAUCUGUACGGAAAGCUUAAAAUUAUUCUCAUUCGAACGCAGAUUCUAUACAAAUUCUGAGCUGAAAGAACAUAUCAAGAGUGGCGAUACAAAUGAUGCGUCACAACGUGGUCAUCCAAUGUGUGACUGCGUCAAUUGUGAGUUUGUCAAUGCCUUCCAGAGUGAGAUCGAUUUUAAGAUUCACAAAAGUUUAAAGCAUGGUGAAGAGGUUGUAAGUGCUUCAAUCGAGGCUCAAAAAGUAGUAUUAGAAAAUUUAUUUGUGUCAACACCCCAAGGCGGCAGACGUAACCACAAUCGUAAUAAUGAUACCGGUCCUGAGCCGAGCACUUCGAAACGCAUCACUAAUAAACCUAUUAAUAUUGAAAGUGAAAUCGAUUUUCCACAAUUGAAUAAAAGGUCAACUCCCAAUCCAGUCUUAAAUAUACAGAAAAAGCAGCCACCUAAGAAGAAGGUACUUAUUGAAGCAUUCCCACCUUUGGGUACAAACCAUCGCAAGCGCAAUGUUGUCACAGCAGACUUCAUAAGAGAAAUGCCAACAAGCAGUGCAACUCCUCAAGCUAAUGUCGGUAGUGUUUACAAUAGUAGCGAUAUUACCCGUAAUUCUUCAAUUGCAUCGCCUUAUACAUCUUCAGCGCAGCAACGAAAUGCUAAUAACGCAACUUCUUCUGGAUCUGGAUUACAAUCACGUGAAGAUCAUAAAAAAUCUGAACAAACUCAUAAGGAAAGAAAUGCGGCAAUAAAAAACAGUUUGCCAAGGCACCCGUAA